UGUCAGGUUACAAACAGGAAGAAAACAUCCAGUUGUUGUCCAACUCGCGUUCGAGUUGCUCAGGAAUGAGGCGACUUUGAGGGCCGGAAACCAGCCGGGGUGUUGCCAUGGUGUGUCCGAAGUAGUGACAGAACCGACUGAUAGCCCGGGAACUCGGCGCUGCUCCACUUUCCUCCGGGUGCGACUGUUUGAAACGAGGUGUGAAUGAGUGACGUGGUGCCUCCCACAGCUCUCAGUGAAGUCCAGCUCCGCUUCCUCUGUCACGAUGACAUAGAGAAUGUCAAACUACUGUGUGGCGACUGGUUCCCCAUCGAGUACCCAGACUCAUGGUAUCAAGAUAUCACCUCCAACAAGAAGUUCUUCUCCCUCGCUGCCACCUUCAGAGGAAACAUCGUGGGAAUGAUCGUGGCCGAGAUCAAAAGCCGGACCAAAGUGCACAAGGAGGAUGGAGACAUCCUGGCUUCCAGUUUUCCUGUGGAGACACAGGUCGCCUACAUCCUCAGCCUGGGAGUGGUCAAAGAGUUCAGGAAACAUGGCAUAGGCUCUCUACUGCUGGACAGUCUGAAGGAGCACAUCUCGACGACCGCUCAGGACCACUGCAAGGCCAUCUACCUGCACGUCCUCACCACCAACAACACUGCCAUCCACUUCUAUGAGAACAGGGACUUCAGGCAGCACCACUACCUUCCCUACUACUACUCCAUACGGGGCGUCCUCAAAGACGGGUUCACAUAUGUGCUCUACAUUAACGGCGGUCAUCCACCCUGGACAAUAUUUGACUACAUUCAGCACAUCGGCUCCACCCUGGCCAGCCUGAGCCCCUGCUCCAUCCCACAGAGGCUGUACCGCCAGGCCCAGUCGCUGCUGCGCUCUCUGCUUCCCUGGUCCAACAUCGCCUCCAAAACCGGCAUACAGUACAGCAGAACCAUGUGACGUGGGCCAGAGGAGGGCCGUUCGCGACGGGAGCCGCACCUUCGCCGUCUUUGUCAUCGUCUCGCCCUUUUUAUCUGUUUUCUGAUUUUUUUUUUUUUUUUAGGAGGUCUGCGGUCCUCGUCAGUCUUCCCCCUCCUCCGCUGUACAGACCAAAUUCACCACAUUCUCGAUCACUUCCGGCUUCCCUCUUCUUGCGUGCAUGAGAACGGACUCAGGUUAAGCAUCCCCCCGUUCCCGCGCCAGAUCCUUGCCUUGCCGAUUCAAAACGCGUUUGGCGCCGAGCCUGCAGAUUCACAGGGUCGUAUUUCUAAAGUAGUUCCAGGUGAUUUCAGAGGUAUUCGCUUCCGAAGUAAUCUUCUUCCCGUUACUUGGCUGUAGUCAUGAACCUCUCAGGUUACCCUGCCUGCAACCUGUGUUUACCCCGUCACUCCUCCACAGCUGAGCCAAUCCAGAUUGACUUUGAGGGCAGAUAGCGGAGCUAAAGGUCAGAUAAUGACACGCAGAGGUCAGCAGAGGUCGUACCGUGAGACUGAAAUGAUGGCGCACGCACACCAGGAACCACAGAGAGAGACUGAAGUUUUACGUCUCUUUUCAUCUUGUCAACUACUGUCAGAUACUAUGAAUUCUAUUUGUAUAUAUUAUAUUUAGCUAAUAUAUGAAUUUAUCUUAAUAUGUAUGUUGAUUCUACUGUAUGUUGUUAUUGGGCUUAGUUUGACGACGACCCAUUCUUGUCCCAUUUCUUUUGCUGUUGUUUUUUUUUUUAAGUCUAGAUUUAAGUCUCAAUCAUUCACAGUUUUGUAAAAUUGACACUGAAAAGCAAAUUUUAUUGAUGAGAUUAUCUAAAUGUGAUUAAAAUAAAUUUGAUUUGACGAGAGUUGCUCUUUGAAACCAUUUAAGUUUUCUAGGGAUGCACCGGUUGCAGUUUUCUGGCCGAUCAACGACCGGCAAUAUUUUAAAAUAAUCUGACCUGCCCAUUACAAUUUUGGCCGAUCCAGAUUGGUUUUUAUCUGAAAUGUGGCUAAAUAUUAGCCACAUUUUCAGGCCUUUUGAAGAGGUAGACAAGAUCAGGCUUUGCUUGUGAGUAUCGGCCGAUCUCCCAAAAUCAAGGAAAUCAGUGCACUCCUAAAAAUUUUUCCCUACAAACACUAAUCAAAAUAAGUAUUUUAUUAACAUUGUAGUUGAGUUCAUGAUGUUUCUAUUGCUAUACAUUCUGACCACUAAAUGAUAAUACAGAACUGUUUAAGGAAAAGCUCUCAACCUAAUUUAAAAAUCGUCCAAACAUGGGCCUUGUUUAAAAAAUUUUUUAAAGCUCACUGACUGCAGUCUUGUUUUUUAUUUGUUUUGUUUUAUUUGCCUUUUUGUUGCUGCUAGUACAAAGAAAUUUCCAAAUGUGAAGAAAUUUUUGUUUGUCCAGAUUUGAAAAAAAAAAGAAAGAAAAUGUCCCAGUCUAGAUUUUUAUGUCAGCCUGUGAAAGAGAUUAGAAAAUACAUUCACCUCAUAUUCCUGCACACGUGCAGCAGAUGUGUGUUUUUGUGUGUUUAUUUAUCAGCACAGGAUUUUUUUAUGUUUCGUUCCAUUUGAAUUAGAAGUAAAAUUUUGGAAUGACGUCAAAAAACGCAAAGAAAUAGUCUAUAGUAUCUUUUUUUUGGGUUAAUAUGUCGCUCACAACUGAUAGCUCCAAUCUCAAAAUGUCCGAAAUAAUUUAUGUGAGAGAUAUCUUAUAAAUCUUUAAUUUGUUCCCACUUAUUUAGCCGGAAACCAAUGAUUACUCACACAGGAAAGUGAGGUUGGAGGCAGCGCGCCUCCAAUAAUCUUCCUGUAUGAAACGCAUACUGUGAAAGAAUAUUUGUUGUGUUUAUUGAUCAAAUUGAUUAUCCUGCUUCAGCAUACUCUUUAACAGAGAGAAAUAAACUACCAUUAGUCCAAAUAUGGCUUUUAAUACUGCAGUUUUAUGCGUUAGCUGGCAAAUCAAGUUUUGAGGUUGGGUUCGGAGAGAAAUUUUCACCCUCCAAAUUUCUGUUUCUAUUUUCACAGGGUUUUUUUAAAAUUAUUAUUAUCAUUGUCAUUAUUGCUUUUUCAAUCUCGACUCACGGGUUCUAAUGGAGCACGUGUAAGUGCCAAAUGCUAACAGUGACAUCAGGAAGCAACGCUGCAGUUUCUCAGUUUCGUUCUGUUCUGUUGGAGUUGAGAGGGAUUUUAACACCCAGGAGCUAAUGGAUCAGCCAGUGAGCGAAUAAUAGAUUGUUUUUUUGUUUGUUUUUGGGGGUUUGUUUUUUUUUACUUGGUAUAGUACUGAGGUGAGGUAUGGGUGACAGUGUGGACAGAUGAAAGUUCUUUGUGGAAACCUUAACAUUUCUCACUUUCCCUGCUCUGUGGAAGGUGAUGGAAGUUCUUUGCAGACAUUGUUUAUGCAAUAAAUCUGUUUCAUUUCAGUUA